UGGAUAGAAGUAUGUAAAUAUUCAGGGACGUCGAUACAGUAGGCAGAUGUUACCGACUCCGUGUCGUAAUUUUAGCGCUGCGUGUAGAAAUGGACCAGAAAUGACCGACGCCGCCUCUGUUCAUGCGGUUUCGUUGAAACUGCCGGGUUUCUGGACACAGCGCCCGGACCUAUGGUUCCAGCAAGCCGAAGCCCAAUUCCACGUUCGCCGGAUCACCUCAGAAGACACCCGCUACUACUACGUGGUGAGCUCCCUCGACCAGGACACAGCGGCCCAGGUCGCGGAGUUCGUACAGUCGCCCCCGGCAGACGGCAAGUACACGGAAUUCAAAGCCCUGCUCCUCAGGACUUUCAGACUCUCACAGCAUGAGCGGGCUGCCCGUUUACUGCACCUGGACGGCUUGGGCGACAGACCUCCAUCGGCUUUAAUGAAUGAGAUGUUGUCUCUCGCCGACGGACACACACCCUGCCUCAUGUUUGAGCAGGCAUUCCUGGAGCAGCUGCCCGAGGACAUACGCCUGCUGCUGUCCGACGCGGAUUUCAGUGACCCCCGGAAGGUGGCAGCCCGGGCGGACUUGCUGUGGAACGCCAAAAAGGUGAGCGGGGCGUCCAUCGCACGGAUCUCCCAGCCACGCUCCCGGCAGCAAACCAGUCCAGGCCCGGCCGCAGAGCCCGCCAACCCCCGGCCCAAUGAACACUGGUGCUUCUACCACCAGCGGUGGGGCGCAGAAGCCUGCCGUUGUCGCCCGCCCUGCAAGUUCCCGGGAAACGCCAGGGCCAGCCGCCGCUGAUGGCUACGGCGGCUGGCCAUC